UCAAUAGAGAAAUUCCUAAAUUUAAUAGUCUCAUAAUACAGUGGCGCUUUAUUGCUCAGAAUCUCUUGUCUAGACUAUUUAAACCAGUUGCGUUGCCAUCCGUCCAUCAGUUGUCUGUAUUUCCACCGAAAAUCAACAAGUUUGUAACGAUGAAGCUCGAUUACGCAUGGACAGUAGUUUUUUUCAUCCUACAAUUAAAGUUUUCCCAUGCAAAACUUUUGCUAGCUCAAAUUCUUGUGCAUCACGCAGAGUGUAAUCCAAGUCUAUCUACUGUAGAAAGUCAGUUUCCUUUGCUAUCAAAAAUCAAUAGGUCCUACACACCAGAAGGAUCCGACAUGUUGACAGCAAAAGGGCGAAAGAAGGCACGGGAAUUAGGGGAAUUCCUGCGUGAGGAGUAUAAAAAUUUAACUGAUGCUAAGAAAAUUUAUUUCCGUCCGGAGAAAACAAGUGCAUCAAUUCAAUCAGCGAUGCAAUUAGCACAGGGACUGGUCCCAGAUUACGUUCCUACCGAUCAAGAGUUCGCCAACAUGACGUUCAAAAGCAAUUCUUGGCUCGAUGUACUUCGAUGGGAAGUCGAUCCAGUAUUUAUUGGCUGGCUUAAAUGUCAACAUAUUUUGCCCAAAGUUGCCGUCCAAAAUUCCGAAUCGUUUGCAGUAUGGAACAACUACACAGAAGAUUGGCGGCAAUACCUUGAGCAUUGCAUUGGUAGUAAUUUCGUCAGGAACUUUCGAGGCGGACUUAUGUAUCGUCAAAUUCGUGCUAUGGCAGAGGUUGGCUUUCCCGCAAAUCGCUGCAUCAGUAGUGCAUACCCUGACGGAGUAUUGAAAUUAUUCACUCUAUUGGAAUAUAGAAUCCAGUCUGCAACGAGUAAUUUAAUGCAAUACAAUGGCGGCGCCCACCUUGCCAUUUUCCUACGCAAUGUAGAUAAUUACUUGAAUGAUUUGGAAAUGAGAAGAUUAUUCAUUCUAGUAGGUAACGAUAUCAAUAUUGUUGGACUUCUCCGAGCUCUAGAUCUUUAUGACGGCAACCAUAUUCCUAAUUACGGUAGUUAUGUUGCGUUGGAAUUGCACCACAUUGAUGGAGAAUAUGUUGUUAAGGUGAUGUACCACAAUGGCAUAUUUCCGCCGGAACCACCUCAACUAAUGCGGAUGCCAUACUGUAACAAUGAUUGUCUGCUAAAAAAAUUCAAAACCACGUUCAAAAACCGGAUACUACGUGUGAAUUUGAAAGAACUCCACUGCACUCCGUAGUAUCUCAAUACCACAGAGAAAAACUGAUGUCAGUUUUUCCAAAUACUUUACAGCGGAUCUGCCAGGUUUAAUGCGCUUGUAUGGUAAUUCCGGAACCGUAAACAAGAUAAUGACAUAAAUCAAUUCUACGGUGAAAUUGUGGAAAGAUAUUAGGCAACUCAAAUCUGUACAUCGAAGGAUGGUAGAGACAUUUUGAUAAAAAAUAUGGUGAUGUAAAUUUGAAUAAAUUGUUUAUAUUUGGA